CUUCAGCGCUUGCGCUCUUUCUUUGUGGUGUAGUUUCGGUAAAGAAACUCAGUGUUUUUGUUCACGUAUAAUAAAAUUUGGUUGUGAAUAUGACCAUAACAAUUGAAAAUGUUGAUAUGAAUAUGGACCAAGAUGAAGGUGAUGUGGUGCCUCCAAAACCUGAAGUGCUGGCAGAAGAGAAAAAGGAGUUAGGAAAUCAACAAUAUAAACUGAAACAGUAUGCAAAAGCCUUGGUUUAUUACUCAGAAGCUAUUGAAUUAUGGCCAGAUAAUUCUUCAUAUUAUGGCAACCGCUCUGCUUGUCAUAUGAUGCAAGGAAACUAUGCUUCAGCCUGUGAAGAUGCUUUAAAAGCUGUUACACUUGAUCCUAAAUUUGUGAAGGGUUGGGUACGAGUUGCCAAAUCUAAUAUUGCUAUUGGUGAUUUCAAAGGUGCUGAAAAUGCUCUCGUCCAAAUUGAAAAACUUGAACCAACUAAUUCUAAUCUCGCUGUUGAGAAAAAACACUUGGAAAAUGCCAAAAAAUUCAAUGAUGAAGCGGAAAAGGCAUAUGCUAAAAAGGAUUUUAGGAAGGUUGUUUUCCUCUUAGAUCGUGCAUUAGAAGUAUGUAAUGCUUGCUCGAAAUUCAAAGUAAUGAAAGCUGAAUGUUUAGCAAGGUUGGGUCGAUAUCAAGAAGCCCAAGAAUUAGCCAAUGACGUUUUGUCUAAUGAUAAGCAGCAUGCUGAUGCAAUAUUGGUCAGAGGAAUGUGUUUGUAUUACCAAGACAAUGUUGAAAGGGCUUUUACUCAUUUUCAACACGUACUUAAACUUGCACCUGAUCAUUCCAAAGCCAUGGAAAUUUAUAAGAAAGCAAAAGCUUUAAAACAAAAAAAAGAGGAAGGAAAUGAAGCUUUCAAACAAGGAAAGAAUAAAGAAGCUUAUGAUUUAUAUACUGCAGCUCUAGGAAUAGAUCCUAACAAUGUUUCCACUAAUGCUAAAUUAUACUUUAACAGAGCAACAGUGUCUUCUAAACUUGGGAGGUUGAAUGAAGCUGUUUCAGAUUGUAGUGCUGCUUUAGAAUUAGAUCCAAAUUACCUUAAGGCCCUCAUGAGAAGAGCUAAAUGCUACAUGGACCUUCAACAAUACGAGGAGGCUGUUAGAGAUUAUGAAAAAUUAGUUAAAUUUGACAAAAGCAGAGAAACCAGAAAGUUAUUAAAUGAUGCUAAAUUGGAAUUAAAAAAAUCACUGCGAAAAGAUUAUUAUAAAAUAUUAGGAGUUAAUAAAAAUGCCACAACUGAAGAUAUUAAGAAAGCAUAUAGAAAAAGAGCUUUAGUUCAUCACCCAGAUCGCCAUGCGAAUGCCUCAGAUGUUGAAAAACAGGAACAAGAAAAGAAAUUUAAAGAAGUUGGAGAAGCUUACACAAUAUUGUCAGAUCCUCAGAAGAGAACACGUUAUGAUAAUGGUUUUGACAUAGAAGACUACUGUUCAUCUAAUGCUGCAUCAUCUGUCUUCGAGGCAUUCUUUCCUGAUGGAGCUCACUUUUUCAGUCAGCAAGGAUCUUCUUAUCCCGGAACAUUCACAUUCCAGUUUCAGUGACCUGUUUAAUCUAUUUAAAUUAAUUAUUUAUAGUGUAAAUUAAGGAUAAGUAAUUAAAGUCAAUAGAAAUAAACUUUUUAAAAUGAGAGAGAAAAUGACAAUUACUAUAGUUACACUAUUGGAACACACAUUUCUUAUAAAUAUUUUAUUUGUAUAUGUUUUAUAAAUUCAUUACAAACUAUGUCAUAAUUUAUUUCUCUGUUUAAUUAGUAGUUUUCUGAGAGAAAUGUAUGUAGACUGUAAGAAGCAUUGUGAUGUUGGAAUAUAAGUUGUUCCAUUAGUUUCUUUUUAUAAUUUAUUAAUUAAUGUGAUUGUCAAAAUCAUUAGAAAAAAAAAAUGAAAUAAAAAAAAUAGUAAAAUAAAAAGAGUAACGUCAUACACCAAAUUUAGAAUUUAAAUUCUGUAUAAACUUGAUGUGGAGAGUAUUUGUGAGUUUACUUUUUAAAAAAACCAUAUUCCUUUCCUUUUCCAAAUAAUUUAGCUUUUUUUUUUUUUUUUAUUACUUUGCAAUUUUGUAGAUUUUGCUGCCCUUAGCAAAGUUAGUCAAGAACUAAGUCAUUUGUAUAAAAAUGUUUUUAGAAACUGUUCUGCACAGAUCGUUAAUCCUCCAGCUUGGUGCUACAAAAUGUAAAAUUUCAGUUGGAAAUUAGUUAGUAAAAAUUAAGAAAAAUGUCAUUGAGGGUUAGGGAAACUUUAUAAAAUAGUCAUGAAAGAAGUGGGAGACUGAUGAAUUAUCAAUUCUUUUUAAUAUACCUGGUAAAAACUAAAUCUUAAUGUUAAUCUUUUAAAAAUAUAUUAUUUCCUUUUUCAGGUAACCUAUCUUUGUAAUCUUAGAUUUUUCACUGAUGUAUUAGAUUAUGUUCAUACUGUGUGCAAAAGUUUUUAUUGUUUCAACAAGAAAUGUCUUAUGUUUUUGUUUUGUUUUUUUCUUAAAUUCUAUGUAUGGUGUGGAGAUUUGUACAGUUACUUUAAAUGUUUUAGCUAUUGCUAUGCUUUCUUCUAAAAACUUAAAUUAACUGGGUAAAUGAUACCAAACUUUUAUUUAUAGAAUUUUACCAUUGCAUGCACAAUUUUAAAUUUGGCUUAUUUUGAAGAGUGUGAAAAAUGUUUCAUCCAAUCAAAAGCUAAAAUAACUUCACAAUCCUAAUAAUUAUUUUUUCUGUUUGAUUUUGAGGAGCCAACUUGAUUAUUAAUCAAAAGGUGUUGACCUCUUUUUAAAAUGCGCAAUAUGUUUGUAUUUCUUGUUAUGUAAAUUAAAAAAAAAAACAUUGAUUUAAGGAUGGAGCCAAGAUCGCCUUUUUUCUGUGUCAGAUCAUAUUUAUACAAAACUAUUAUAAUAUAUCUUACGAUAUAUUAUUCUGCUGAACUAUGUUUUUCCCUAGAAGGGAAAAUGGGAGUUCCUUAUGGUGAUCUUUACUUAAUUAUAGAUCUCUAAACCUUGAAAAUAACAUUAUUUUGUUAAGCUAAAUCAUUGUUUUAUCAAAUAUGUGUCCAGUUUGGACACUACUUAUACAUGAUGUAUAUUUUGAUUUACCAUAGCUUGAUUGAUCUUAUUAAACUUAUUGAUGAUCAU